AUGGCGCUGAUGGACAGCAUGUGUCCGCGGAGGCCGCUGGGCCUGCUCGUCGCGCUGCUCGCGGCCGCUGCGCUCGCCAACCAGCUCGAGGACAUCCCGCACAAUGAAGUCAAGAACUGGGCGCUAAAAUUCGGCGUCGACUUAUGGGAAUUCGGCAGACAUUUUACAAAAAUGAAUCAAAUACAAAAUAAAUACCAUGAGUACAACGUGGACGUUGUGCGGAAGGAUGGCUUGCUACUCGUGCGCGAGCUCGCCGCUGAGGUCAAGAACCACAUGGACUUCAAGAUAAACGCAGUAAUGCGCAUAAUGGACAGUGCAGAGGCAGCUGCUUUAUCAGCAGGCAAUGCGGGCAGCGAUGGGGCUCCAGGGUCAUACUAUGACGCUCGCUGGUUGAACGUGCACGCAGACGACGGGACCCUGGCAGCGCGAGCACGCCGGCUGACACUAACACCGAGUAGACAUUUCGACCACAUCGCCGUCAACACCAGCUACAGCGCUGUGCUCAUGCCACCCUACAUCAACACUGAAGAUGGUGAGGUUCAGAACCAGAUCGCGUGGUCGGAGCACUUGGACCCCCUGUUCGUGAAUAACUACGAGAUUGAUCCGACGCUGUCAUGGCAAUACUACGCUUCUUCCACCGGAUUCAUGAGGCGAUACCCAGCAAUGUCCUGGCCUCCAGAAGAUGGAUACUCACACCACGCAAGAGACUUCUACGACUUUAGGUCUUCAAAUUGGUUUGUGGAAGCAGCAACAUCUCCUAAGGACCUCGUGAUCUUGCUUGAUGACUCCGAUGACCUGAGCUCGUCUUACUGGCGGUUGGCCAAGUCUACCGUCUCCGCUCUUCUGGACACUUUAGGACCGAAUGAUUUCGUCAAUAUCUAUCGAUACAGCGACACGAUAUCUGAACUACACUCAUGUUAUACGAAGGUUUUGGCUCAGGCUCUUCCAGAGACAAUAAGAGAGUUAAAAACUGCAUUAUGGAACGCUGAGCUUUCGGGGGGUGUGGCCAAUCUGACAGGCGCCCUUACAACGGGCUUCGAGAUUUUACAUCGGUAUAAUCGAACUGGUCUUGGGUGUCAAUGCAACCAAGCAAUAGCCGUGAUCGGCGCGGGAGGUGGCGCUGCCGGCGUAAAAGGAGUAUUCCGCACGUGGAACUGGCCACACAUGCCUGUCCGCAUCUUUACAUACCGCGUCGGUGGAGACGCUGCCGCUGGACAUACUAUGAAGGACAUGGCUUGCACUAAUAAAGGUUUCUACGUGACGAUAAACGAGCACUCUGAGAUUAAAUCGAAGGUGUUACACUUCGUGGAGGUGUUGGCUCGGCCGCUUGUCAUGUACCAGACCAUGCAUCCUGUGCACUGGAGCCCCGCGUACGUUGGCGGAAGGAGCAGUAGCUUAGCUGAUGAUGGCAUGGGUCAGCUGAUGUCUUCUGUCACCGUACCAAUCUUCGAUAGGAGAAACCACACGCAAAGAGAAGCUAAUUUACUCGGCGUGGUUGGAACUGAUGUCCCUAUCGAUCAAAUAAAGAAGCUCGUGCCACCAUACAAGUUGGGUGUGAACGGUUAUUCGUUCAUGGUGGAUAACAACGGGCAUGUAUUGUAUCAUCCUGAUUUGAGACCAUUGCAUACGAACGAGGAAUACACUGAGACGCUGCGUCCUCUGUACUCGAGUGUGGACCUCACCGACGUGGAACUGCUCGUCGACUCCGAUGAGAACUCUAGGGUCAACCUCACCUCGCUGCUACUCGAUCUCCGUCACGACAUGAUAGAACAGCGGGAAGGUGAGACUGAGAUCGCAGUGAAGGUGCAAUACGACAACAUGAGACGCGUCGCUACCAGGCGACAGAGGUACUUCUACAGUCCGGUAGAUGGCACUCCAUUCUCGCUGGCCGCAGUGUUGCCAGACGGAUACGGCAUGUACGAACUGCAGGCGGAGCAGGAGGUCAAGCAUAGUCCUGUUAAUGUCACAGAAUACUUCAAAGGUGAAAACUGGAAAGUUCAUCCGGACUGGGUGUAUUGUGAAUACGCUUCGACAUCCGACCAGACGUUUAAUUCUGCGGAGGAGCAACUAAUGCACUUCUUGUCCCGCGCGGGUCGGCCUGGGUGGAAGUGGAUGUCACUACGACCGCGCGCGCUCACACUACACAACGCGCACAAGAAGCAGGAUAGGGACUCUUAUUAUUGUGACAAAACUUUAGUGCAAUCAUUAAUUAGGGAUGCAAUGGUAAUCAAAGAAUUGGACGCUCACACUGGACAUGCCAGCCAUCACUCACACCCGAUAGCGACUUUAAUGGCACUCCUUACAAGGCAAGGACGGUUCCACAAGUUCGUGGUGACGCUGUCGUUCAUCGCAACACGCAGCGGUCUGCUUCGCUGGACUGAGAACGUCAACACCUCCAGGAGCACUGACUCGUCAGAACCGCAUUUCAGUGAAAGAUACUCUCGCGCAUACGACUCGGAAUGGUAUCGUCGCGCGGUAGAGCACCACGCCAUCGAACCCGAGAGCUUCGUAUUCUCGGUGCCCUUCCGUGAUGGCUCGGAGGCUGAGGAGCUGAGUGGUCGCCCUCCUCUAGUGCUGGCCACGCACGCUGUGUUCGUGGAGUCCCGCGGACAUCGUGCACCCGCCGCCGUCGUGGGCCUCCACUUCCAGCUAGACUCCCUAGCAAAACACUUCUUGAACGUCACUUCAGCAUGCACAGCUGGCACUUCUUGUAAGAAGACUUGCGCAGGCGACGAGUUAGACUGUUACAUUUUGGACGACAACGGCUUCAUCAUUUUAUCAGAGGACGUCUCACAAACUGGUCGGUUCUUUGGACAAGUCGAUGGGACUAUUAUGGAUUCACUAGUACAGGAUCGAAUAUACAAAAAGGUCGUUGUACACGAUCAUCAAGGCCGAUGUCCGGACUCCAGAAACUCAUUUAGUGGUGACGGUCACAAAGUUUCGCCUCUGAAACCACUAUCCUGGCUCGGUGGAUACCUCACUAGUCUACUUGCCGUGUGGUUCCCACUAUGGGAGCCAGUGCGCGCACGAGCCAGACCAUACGCUGAGGAAGAAGUUGAUUACGAGGACUACGAGAGUGAAGAUAUGGAAAACGAUGAUGACUUGGACAGGGACCGUGGUACCUAUGAGAUCAUAAUCGACGGGUUGGGUGAGAGUUCCCGCGACAGUGGCCGGUCGCACCCGGGCCCCCCUCCUCCGUCGAGUGGAGUCCCCCCUCCCCCGCCGCCCCGCGAGGCAGCUCGCUCGGCCGCCGUGCGCCCCUGCGACACCAGCGCGGAACUGUUCACACUGCAGUCCUCACGACUCAACACCGCACAACCACUCAAGGGCAAGCUCACUAAUUGCCAUAACUCUGGCUGCGAGAGGCCGUUCAGCGUGCAGAAGAUCCCGCACAGCAACCUGAUCCUGCUGGUGGUGGACACGCUGUGUCCGUGCGGCGCCAAGCGGCUGGACGUGCGCGCGCGCGAGGCGGCCGGCCGCGCGCCCUGCCGCCGCCUCGCCGGCCACCACCGCCGCCGGCCCGCGCACUGCGGCUCCUACCAUCCCGAGGAAAUCGAGAUACAAUCGUGUGGUCGCGGCGGUCGAUUGAUCCCUGCGGUGUGGGCGGUGCUGUCCCCGCUCCUGCUGCGACAGGUGCUGAGCACGUGA